UCACUUGCUACGGAAGUGAAACGUCGCUGUGCACAUGCUAGUUGAUUCUGGUGCUUACAGAAGGAGCACCACGGAUCUUCUCCUGCCCUGCAGCUUUGGGUUGUGAUCUGGGCUUGCUGAGCCUGCCUGUCCGCUGACACAGACAGUGGACGCUGGUAAAAUGAGGACCCCUGUGCACACCUGACUCGAGCCCGGGUGCAGGAUGAUGCUGCGGCUCCGGUACGCGGGGCCCUGCCUCCGGAGGCUGGUGCACGGGAGCUCUGUGCACAGAGACCGGGUCCUGCAGCAGCUACAGGGCUGCUCUGCUGAAGAUCAAGUGUUUGAUGUGGUGGGGAAGUACAAAGCCAAGCUCACUGUCGACCACGUGAGCUACGCCGUGGGGAUGCUGUGGCAGUUUCAGAAGGAGAGACCUGAGGUGCUCAGGACUGUGGACCUGGUCAGGGGUCACCCCCAGUUUCUGACUCUCCAGGUUUUGGCAGAGAACAAAAUCACUCUGAUGGAUGAUUAUGCGUUGAUCGACAUGCUUUAUGCUUUCCUCAGGAUGAAAGUUGAGCAUCACGACUCUCUGGUGCAGCAGUUGGUGUCAGAAGCUUGGCUUAGAAUAGAUCGACUUCCAAUGUCAUCUUUGUCCAAAUUUGCUGUCUGUUUGAAUGACCAGCAACUCCAUCACAGUCCUGUGAUGGGUCACAUUACCAGCAUUUUGGAUCAGAGGUUAUCAUCUGUAAAUGAUGCCAGGAUCCUGACUGCUCUGAUGAUCAGCGUGUCGUCCCUGGUGUCUCCCCGGCUCCGGGAUGCUCUCAUCAGCAGGGCGGACGACCUCCUGCACACUGUAGAUCCCUCGAAUUAUAACACGCCACGGAGAAUGGUGCAGUUUCUGCGCAACAUCAAGUUCAUGCACCGGCCUCUGCUGGAGAAGUGCAACGAGAUCUUCCUGCGUAACAUUCCCAGGCUGGAUGCCGAGAAUAUCAGCAUCAUUUUGGGUCUGUAUCAGUCCCUUCAGUUCAACAACUGUGACUUCAGACUGGCCGCCAGACAAAAGCUGACCGAGCUGAUUGACACGAGCACUGAUCCCUUCUCCUUCUCCAAACUCUUUGUUGCUCUGGCUCCCAUUGCCAGCGUGGAGAUCAGAGAAAGGUUGGAGAACACAGCUCUCCUGCUGGCGGACGAGUUCAACGCUCAGCAGGUUCUGGCUGUAGCUGAAGCAUUGGAGGAGAUUCAGAGUAGAAACCUCAGCCUGUUGCACAAAAUUGCAUCAGUAGUCAAAAAGAGCCUUCACACCUACAAGUCGGUGGAGGUGGCCAGAAUCACCCAGGCCCUUUUUCUGUUGCAGUACCAGAACCCGGAACUCUUCGCGACACUGAGAAACAUUUUGAUCAACUUUUUGCAGCACAGCUUUUACCCCUACGAGGUGACCAUGCUGACCCGGGUGCUGUCCACGCUGCCCAGCCCGCGGCUGGACGAGAGCGUGGUCUCUCGCAUAGACGCCAUCGUCACGCAGUGCAACCUCGGUGAGCUCAACACCAUCUCUUUCGCCGUCGCCAAGUGGAUCCGAAACGAUCCGUCCUACCGCCACAGCACCCACAGCAAGUACGUCCGGCUGCUGCAGACGCUGAGCCGCUGCGGCCACGAGCGGCUGCGGACGGCCGACCAGCUGGAGCUGGUGCUGGAGGAGCUCCGCCACGUCUCCGGGGAGUGGUUCGAGGAGAUGCUGCUGGAGGAGGCCAUGGCCACGCUGAGGAGGAUGACCCCUCAAGUGGACUGGACCAACGUGGCAGACUUGGCCUUCUUCCUCACCAGAACAAAUUACCUCUGCCCCCCUCUGAUGGACAGAAUCGCCAGUGUGGCCGUUGAACAAAUCCACCAGAUCCACCACUCGGCAACGUAUCCCACCAUGCUGCCCUUCUCUGUGCUGAACUAUGACCCUGUGAAGGCCGACGAGCUGUAUGACGCCUGCAUAAAGCGCUUCACUCCACACAUCGACUCAUUUGACCCCCAUCUGCUCGUCCUGAUGGCCUACUCCCUGGCAGUCGCUGACCGUUUUCCCGAAGAACUCAUCAGAGAAAUCUUCAGCAUCGGCUUUUUGGGAAAGCUGGACUCCCAGCUGGAAACCCUGGCCAACGCCCUCAAUAUGCGAACACGGCUCCGUCUCAUGGAGCUGAAUCGCGCCGUGUGUCUGGAGUGUCCAGAGUUCCAGGUGCCUUGGUUUCAUGAGCGCUACUGCCAGCAGCAGCACCGGAAAGGGAAUGGCAGCAUCAGUCCUGUACAACAGCAAAUCCACAAAAUGCUUGGCGAAGUUCUCGGUGGCAUCAACUUUGUCCAAGUAGCAGUUGUCACUCCUUAUUUUUACGCCGUAGACUUUGAGUGCAAGCUGGACAAACACGGGCGGCCUUUGCCUUACACAGAGCCCAGCUCGCUGCAGAUCUCAGACGGAGGAGCGGUUCUCCGGGACUCCAGCUCCCUGGAGAACAGCAGGAACGAGCUGCCUCCCGGAGCUCAGCGUGUCGCUUUGGACUUCCUUGAUUCAAAGUUCUUCUGCAAAAACUCCCACCACAUGAAAGGUGAAGCUUUGAUGAGAAAGAGGCACCUGGAAAUUCUCGGAUACCGCGUCGUUCAGAUCCCUCACUUUGAAUGGAACUCAAUGGAGCUAUCAACACAUGAAAACUGGAAGAAGUAUCUGAAGAAGAAAAUCCUGGGAUAGCAUUCUUCCCGAUGGCCUUAUUUAUAAAAGAGUGAGAGAAGAGUUACAUUAAAGACUGAGAGCUUUUUGUGGGCUUCAGAAAGCUUUGGGGAAGGUGACUGAAUAUAAAGUGUUUUAAAAACGUACAAUGAACACACAGUGCUCUUUAUCGGUCUAAAGUUGCCAUAAAUCUACCUCGAUCAUGUUGAGUGAGAUGAUUGUUUUCUAUUAAAUAACAUUUAGAAAUUUAAAUAAAAUGCUUGUAUAUUCUGUUUUCCACCCCACCAUGAAAGGGAAAUCUCAGAUUCUGAGAAAAGAG